UACUUAACCAGGCGCAUCCCUCAGAAUCCCAGAUACCAACAUAUCAAAACCCGCCUCGAUACCGGAAACAGUUUAACAAAAUACACUGAGAAGUUGGAAGAGAUCAAAAGAAAUUACAGAUACAAAAAGGAUGAGCUGUUUAAGAGACUGAAAGUGACUACUUUUGCCCAGUUGGUCGUCCAGGUUGCCUCUCUAUCUGAUGAAACCUUAGAAGUGACAACCGAGGAGAUCCACAAGCUGGAAGAUGGUGACUCUCCUGCCCCAGAUGCAGAAGCUGAAGUCACAGCAGGGACAAAUGGGAAAGGCAGCCCUGAUGGGACACGCAGCCCCAUCCUGUUCAUAAACAACACAGGAGCUGGGGAAUCCUUCCGGUCCACGCUGCAGAGCGUGAUAAGCGGCGUUGGCGAACUGGAUAUAGAAAAGGACACUCCGAAGAAAGUGGAUACCCAGGCUAAAGACAUGCCUUAUCCCGACUGCCCCUUCCUGCUUUUGGACGUACGAGACCGAGACGCGUACGACCAAUGUCACAUCGUUGGAGCUUAUUCCUACCCUAUUGCAACCUUGUCUAGAACCAUGAACCCAUAUACAAAUAAUAUUCUGGAAUAUAAAAAUGCACAUGGCAAAAUUAUCAUUUUAUAUGACAACGAUGAGAGGUUAGCCAGCCAGGCUGCGACAACCAUGUGCGAGAGGGGCUUUGAGAACUUGUUCAUGUUAUCUGGAGGUCUGAAGGUCCUUGCACAGAAGAUCCCAGAGGGUCUGAUCACCGGCUCGCUCCCCGCGUCCUGCCACAUGGCAGCUCCCACGGGAUCUGCCCGAAAAAAGACCUCUCCCAGAGUGCCACCCGCAUGUGCUGAGAAUAAAUGGAGAUUUUCCGCAGAUGAUCUACAAAAGAUAAAGUACUACCUGGAAGAGGAGCACAUUCCUUCAGACACUGCCAGCCGUCUUAACCGUGGUUUUUCCGGCCGCGAUUCCAAGGCAACAGCCGUGAAGAGCAGCCCCAGUCUCCCCAGUACCGCUGGCACCGUGGGAUCCAUCACCUCUCGCUCGCUUAGCAGGAGCAGCCUCCAGAACAGGCCGUGGAAAUAA